GGGUUUGUUAAGAACACCGUGGAGUUUUAAGGAGCAGAGAAGGAAGGCAUCCCAACUAAUACUGGCUACCAGUUGCUUCACAAAGAAGCCCUUCACUAAAAUUGGAGGCAACCAUUGAAGGCCCAACUACGUUCACCAACCCAAAGUAUCUGGACCAUUGUAGUGGCAGCAACGGGCUCCAAACGUCCCAAGUAAAGCAGCGGCAAAAUGGCUGACUACCUAUCCCUAAACGAAGAGGCCUUGAUCCAGAGGUGCCAAGAGAAGAACAUUCCUUAUGAAGGAAAAUCUGUUACCGAGCUGAGAGUAUUGCUAAUUCAGAGCUGCGCAGAAAAAGCCCCUGGAGCUGGUGAGGUGAGUGUGCCAUGGGAAGUGCAGUUAAGGAGAGAAGAGAUGGCAUUGGAAAGAGAGAAGAUGCAGAUGGAGAUGGAAGCAAGAGAAGCCAAGGAGAAGAGAGAGCUGGAGCGGGCCAGGAUGGAGCACGAGCGAGAAAAACUACGGAUGGAGUUGGAGAAAGUAAAGCUGGAAGCUGAAGUGAAGAUCCUGCAGCAGCAGCAGUGGAGGAGUGAGAUGGCAUCCUUGCAGUCCUCUGAGGUGACUCCAGAAGAGUUUAAAGCCUUUGCGCCCAGAGAUGAUCCUCACACCUCCCUGAAUGCUUCUGAGGAAGGGGACAGGAGCUGCGGAGUGAAAGGAGAAGACUUCAUGAGGCCUUGUCCCCGCGACUACACUCUGCUGACUCCGGUCCCGGAGAAACGAGGCAAUCCAUUGGAAGGACAGUGCCCCCGCACCCCGGAAGUGGCCAGGCUGCGGGUCAAAAGAUCAUGA